UAACCUACAACAUCCAGUCAAUCUCGGCUGUCAGAAUUAUGGGACAUUUGAUCGUAAAUAAUCCAUCCUAAGAUGUAAAAUCGUACAUUUUUGUCACAAGAAAAACGUUGCAAAUAUUGAAAAAACAAAUUGUUAUGUUCUAAGCAUAUGCUAACCUUUUGUGUUACAUAAAUUUAUUAGAAAUGAGUGUUUUUAAUGCUAAAAGUUUACUAAAUAGCGACUUUAGUCGUCCUCCACCACCACCAAAUUAUCCUAUUAAUCAGGCUGGUCCAAGAAAUGCUGGACAUCCCUCGCUCCAAAAUCAUUCCAAUGUCGACCAUAAUAAACGAAUUGCAAAUGAUGCUGGCUUUGCUGCCUAUUACAUGGGAUCAAACAUUGGUCCAAAUUUGCAAACAGCAGGGACAAGGCCUCCAAAUGCUCAAUUAGCUCAUUCUGAAACGUCUGCCCCAGCUGGUUCACGUAUGUAUUCUGUUGCACCUCCACUCCUGCCAAGCGCCAACAUGUAUCAUAACUCUGCUUCGCCUUCACCAUACGGUCUAGGAGAUAUGAACAUGUAUGGAUAUAAUGCACCUAUGAGCAUGGGAGCUGGACAAUAUGUAAACCAGAAUCAGGGGAAUUAUCGGGCCAUGCAGUAUCAAGGAAAGUAUGGUAAUGGAUCUAACAAAAGAGGUGGCUUUAACAAUAAUAGGAAAAGGCCGCAGGAGAAUGACUUCGAUGGAUCAAGGAAAAUGCCAAAAAAGAAAAAGAAACCUCUAUCGCAAAACAUGCCGUCGAAAAAGGACUGGACUUUGGAGGACGCGCAAAAAGCGCUGGACGUGGAACGAGAUUUCAACAAACGACACAAAAGCCCGUCACUGAUUAUCAAGUUUCCUGACUUGGAGCUGAACCGGGAAAUCGUCUCAAAGUUUCACUCGAAAAUUGAAAGUGUUCACUUCCAACAACCGUCUACUCCACGAUAUUGCUUUGUCACUCUAAAUAAUUGGGCCUGCAUGGAUGAAGUGAUAACUGAUUUGCAGAAAAUUAAAUUUGGAAACGGAUACUUAAUAGCGGAGAAAAAAGUGAACAAAGAGGAAGAUUCGGUGAAGGGGCCUGAAGAUAUUGACCCUUUGACCCUGUAUGUAGGAAAUUUGGCUCAAGAGGUGACUGUAGACGAUGUUAAAAAGGCGUAUCCCAAACACAAACGAGUAGAUAUAGGAUUUGCGAAGAAAAUGAAAUAUACCAGAUAUGCCUUCAUUUGCUUCAACAAAGUGGAUGAUGCGAUCGAAGCAUUUCAAAACACUCAUUCGUCUGAAAUGUAUAAUAAAAGCCUAAUCGUAAGAUUUAGACGACUUCAUGGUACUGUUGGAUUACCGGGUGAUGCAAAACCACAAAAUGCCCCCAAACUAAGUGAGGCCGAACCAACCAAUGGCAAUAAUACGGCUGCUGAAGUACCCAGAGUUGAUGAGACUCCUAGCAUGUCAAACUGGAACAACGGAGUUGACGCUGAUUUCACAUCGCAUCCCUAUGGUAGCUUUUUCCGACCUGGCGGGUAUGAAUCAUUCGAAGACUACGACAAUGCUGACUCUUCAGUAGUUCAAGUUAAAGUGGAGGGCGCGGAAAAUGACGAGUCGCCAACAAACAACGACCUGGCACCUUUCAAGAUUAAGCAGGAAGUAAAAGAAGAGAUCGAUUCGAAUGGCGAUGACUAAGGCGCUGUUGAUAAGCAGGCAAGUUUUAUUUAUUUUGAAUCACAUUUAACAGGUUUUUUUAAGUGAAUUCUCAUUCUUUCGAUUAUACAUCACUCGAUAUUUUUUUAGUAUCUUGCUUUACACGAGAGAUUUGACAUUCUCUUUACACAUUUUAGAUUUUUAUUUUUUAUUGAUGUUAGACAGAAUGUGUAAUCAAGAUAAUCUUUCGAUCAAUUUAUUGUCUCGUCUUAUGGUUAAUGUACUUGGCGACUAAUUUGCCCAAAUUGUAUUUUAACGUAUUUACAUCAUCGAUCACCCUUUAUUAUUUUAAACACUUUACAUCCUCAUUAGUUUUAGUGAAUAUUAUAGGUUUUACUGUGGUAUGUGUCUGUUACGUCAGUUUAGCGAUUUUAUUGGAGUAUGUGAAUAAUUCAAAACCUUAACAGUUUUAUUUCAACAUUUGUUGAAAAAUUAAUAUAUUAUAUUUAUAUAAAAAUAUUAUAUUAGUAACUCUAUGUAAGUUCUCAGUUCAUAUAAAGCAACUUUACUUCUAACUAAGAAUUUUUAAGAUUUUUGUGUAUUCAUUCUUGACUCAAAGAUAUCAAUCAACAUCGUAAAUUGUGACUUUUGUUGUUUGAAACGCACCAUAUGAAGCAAUAAAAAAUAUUAUUUUAA